AUGACCGUUCUCGCCGGUCGCAUAGUCCAACUCGCCGCUCGUCGUGCCAGCUCUCUCACCGCCCGAGCGACGUCGUCGACGUCGCAAUCGUCCGUCAAGAGCGCUCGAGCGCUCGUCAACAAUCGAACCGUUACUCGCCGAGCAUCUAGUUCUGACGCUAGCACCUCGCCGGACGUCGUACUCGGCUCGUGGAUCGUCGUCGGAUGCGACUCCGAUGGUAACGGCGCUCUAUGCGUGCUCACGGGCCCGUCCGUGGGCGCUAUCGAGCGAGUGAUCGUUCGGGACAACCCGACGCGGACAGAGCUGGUGAACGGUCGCGCGCGACCGCGGUUGGAUCCGGAGGCGAUGACCUCGGUCGUUCGAUCGCUCGGCGUGCCGAAAGGGACGACGGUAUACCUGGAGGAGGGUGGGGUCGAGUUUGGAUUCAGCGCGCAGACGGCGUUCGUGCAGGGAUAUAACUUUGGUCUGUGGCGAGGUGUCUUCGCGGCAGCCGAGCUGGAGGUGCGCGUGGUCAAACCGCAGGCGUGGAAGGCGGCGAUGGGGCUCAAAUCUAAGGAGAGUACCAAGGAUGAUUCCAUUGCGAUGGCAAAAACGCUCUUUCCCGAGAUUGCGCACGAGUUGAAGCGGAAGAAGGAUCACGGCAGGGCGGAGUCACUGCUCAUCGCCGCGUACGGGCACGUCGCCAACGGAGGCGCCUCGGCGGACGUCGAGGAUGAGAUCUGCGCCCGUGUUCGCGCCGCCCUCGCCGACCGAGGUCUUGUUCGCGACGAGGGCGGGGCGCUACCGUAUUUCGGGCCGUAUUUCGGUAUGACUGGGGAGGAGUUGCGCACCGAGCUCAAGCGCCGCGGCGCCAAGGUGAGCGGGAACAAGCAAGAGUUAAUCUUACGCCUAGAGACGAACGACGAGGAGACCAAGGCACGUCAGAGUGAGACCGCCUAA